AUGUCGCAGGAUACCGACAUACAAAAAUGGCAGAGUUUCUUAAAACAUCCGGAUGUCAAUGUACAGGCCUUCCUCGACCCAGCAGCGGCAGGGUCUGGCGUGCCUUCCAGUUUACGAUGUGUCAACACGAGAUUAUUCUCAAGGACGUUUGAAACCAGUGACAAUGCAACGAGGUUUGGCCCACUCAGUCUACCUGCUGGCACAGAAAGCAUACUCCUUGGUCUCAAAAAGGAUGCAACCUUCCGCGCGACUGGGUUAAAGGAUAUUUUGACGGCCACAGGAAUGUCGCCCACCAGACUGGGCGUGUCCGAUGGAGAUGCAAAUGCCUUCGAUAAAGCCGUCAACGUCUUUCUAGGAGGUGACCCCAUCGGCUUUCGUCUCAGCGAGGAUCUGGACACCGCGCCCAGUGUGGAGGAGAGGCGAAAUGCGAUGUGGCUGACACCGGGCGACAAUACUAUGCGCAUCGAUACUACUUUAACAUUUACUCCUGAAACUUCUAAAUUGGAUGCUCUCAAGGACAACAUCGGCCUGCCUAUCUCACUAGACUCGCUGCAGGCUAUAUCACUCUUCAUUCAACGAACUUCAAGAGGCGUACAAUUUACGACACCUGGUGCCACAGGCCCAACCUCAUCUGGAAACAGCAACAGCCCUUCUGUUGGCACGAGUGGUACCACGCCCAAAUGGAAGGUUACUACUAAAUAUCAAGUCUCUUGGAGAUUAGCAGUCGGGAAUUUCGCUUUAUGGAUCACAUUCGGCCCAGCGGGAUGUGAUAUCUCACUUCUGGCGACCCCAAGCGAAGGGACACUACCGGCAUCGUUAUGGUCUGAUCUGACAGGACUUGUCUCUUCUCUAUCAGGCAAAGACAUUGCGCCAAAGUCCUCUGCAGGAAUCCUUGAGGACAUAAACCUAUUAAAGGUGCGCUACACAAAGCGGCCUGGUGCAGGACAAUGGCAGAUCAUUGCAUCUGUGACUCUACCGAGCGGGGGUCCAGGCAUCUAUCUCGGCUAUGACACAUCAUCCUCAGCAUUCUCUGGAGGCCUAAUACUGCAAGGCUUUUACUCAAUCGAUAAUGAUAUGCUUCUCCCAAAUUAUGUGCCGAGCCAAUCGAUUCUUGCGCCUUCUGGCACAGUUCCUGCUAGGUUCUGGGAUCUCAGCAAGUAUUUCUCUGUCACGAUUCCUUCGUACCUACCAUAUGCUGUCAUCGCCGCCUCCGUCUCGUACACCCAAUCGAAGCAGGCUGGUGCUUCUGUUUUACGCCUUUUUGCGCGAGCAGUACAAAUAGCAAAGGUCUCUGGUGUAUCAACAGGCGGCGCUGAUGGAGCAGAGAAGGCAGCUGUACCCUCCGGAUUUACCUGGGACGAACUAGAUGUCUCUCUCGAGAAGCAACAGCACUCGUUGUCUUGUUCGUUGUUUACAUAUUUCACUCUCAAUUCACCUGCAGGUAAGUCAUAUCCUCCGGCAGAGAUGGCACUUGCUGUAAUCUAUGAUGAACAAGGCUGGGAACUUCACGGCUCUGUUGAAAAUCUUUCCGCUGGCCUGCUCUAUUCAUUCUUCGAUGCGGACAGUCAAGGCGCAGCGGUGGAUAUGCUCGGGAAGUUGAAUAUUGCAUCCUUGGAUCUUCUCUGGACACAUACCAAAGGAGGAGCCUCUGCUGCCUUUCUUUUCUCCGGCGUGAUAACAUUUGGUGGGCUGGAUUUGCGACUUUUUUACCAGUAUAUCACAAGUCAAGCUGAUGAUGCAUCCUCUUCCAAGAUCGCCGAUGCUCUGAAAAAUGCAGACGGUCCAAUGGUUCUUUCUGUCCCUACGGGAUCUCAGUCGAGCUGGCAGUUCGAAUGCGAUCUUGGCUCUUCGUCUGGUGAUGCCACAAUUGGUUCAAUUGCGAACUCAUUUCUAGACGAUGCCUCUGGCUCUCUCCCGUCGUUCGUUAGCAACAUUCCUAUCCCAAAAGCUGACGGAACAAACGGUCGAGCCCCUGUGUCACUGAAAGCUGGAAAAUUCCCUGCAUCCUCAAGCUCCGCGUCUCAGGCCAGUCCAGCCGCAGCUGGGACAAGAUCUGCCCAAGCAAGUGACAACCAGGAUUACAAAAUCGUCUUUGUCUUCCAGUUUGCCAUUGGAGUAUUUACCAUGUCCUUCGUCCAGAUUGCAGAUCUUCCCGGGGAUAAGAACACCAUACCCCAGCCAACUAAACGCUUACUGCGUUUCGCCGUCGACAAACUGCCGAUCAAGGACAACAUACCAUUGCUUGACCGCCUACCCCAACCGUUUGAUCAGCUUGAGUAUGUCUGGGUCAGCAAUACUGCAGCGAAUACUUCAGGAAGCAAUACCACUCAAGGCCUCACAAGGGAUGAGAUUGAUGUGAUCAAUAGCUCAGACUUCCUACUGAACAAGGACAAACUACUUGUGAAAGCGGCCACGAAACAGGGUUCCAACAAGGACAACCCACCCCGAGCGGGAGGUGAGAAAACAACAAGCCCAAGCCCGUCCACCAACCCUGUUGUGCUCCAAUCUGGACACCAUUUCAUGGUCAUAAACGGAGGUGAAAUAGUUGUUGACCACAUAUUCAAUACGUCAUCAUCCAAGGAUGACACUUCAAAAUCACCGCAGCAGCAGCAAGAGACUUCAACUCAACAAAAGGCAGUACUCUCAAGCAAUCACGCUCUCAAGCCAAUGGUGAAAGACGUGACUACCAAAACGGAUGAACCCACCCCGAGCCCACCUGCCAAGGGCUCUCUCACAUUCAAACUCGGACCUCUUGCAGUGGAUGCUAUCACAGUACAGUACAAGGAGCAAUCCGGGGAGAAGUCUCUUGUCCUGACGCUAAAUGCAACCUUCACGAUGGGUCCAAUCGUGUUCAGCCUUCUUGGUUUUGGCAUUACUGUAGGCCUUUCUGGAGACAUUACGUUGAACAACUUAGAAAAGGCUCUUGACGAUAUAGGAGUCGUCCUUUCUGGAAUGGCGAUAUCCUUCAACAAACCUCCUCUGUUGAUUGCGGGUGGCUUUGAACACAAGGUAAUUCAGACCGCCACAGGAUCAGAAAACAUCUUUCUGGGAGGUAUUGGCGUUAACUUCCCACCUUACACUUUUGUCGGGCUUGGAGAGUAUGCGAUCGUCACAGUGGGUCAGAAUCAAUACAAAUCUAUAUUCCUCUUCGCCAAGUUGGAUGGUCCACUCAUAACUCUCGAAUUUGCGACCAUCUCAGGGGUUCGUUUAGGGUUAGGGUACAACUCAUAUGUCACUUCACCAGACGUGAACUCAAUCACCCAGUUUCCUUUUAUCGACGAUGGAAGCACCGACGGGGCUGGCAACGACCCCAUGGCAAUUCUUCGAAAGAUGACAGAGCCUGAUCCCAAAGCAAAUGGGACGGUCUGGGUGCAGCCAAAGCUGAAUUCAUAUUGGUUUGCUGCCGGAAUGUCAGUCACUGCAUUCGAUAUUUUGAACAUCACCGCCGUGGUAAUGCUUGCGUUCCGAGACUCGGGCCUAGUUGCAAGUAUCUACGCGGAUGCUAUUGCUACAAUGCCUCCUGAUGCCCCGAAAGGCGCUGCGAUUGUUUAUGUUGAAAUCGGUAUGCUUGCAGAGAUGAAUUUUGCAGAUGGAUAUUUCAGGGUAGAGGCAUCUUUGGCCCCAACGUCCUAUCUUUUGGUGCCGCAGUGUCAUCUUUACGGAGGCUUUGCGCUAGUAUACUGGUUUCCGCCUAGUGAUCACUCUGGCGAUUGGGUAUUCUCAAUUGGAGGCUAUCAUCGUGCCUAUACACCUCCGGCCUGGUAUCCAGUCCCUACUCGCCUCGGCAUUUCUUUCAAUAUCGAUAUCAUUUCCAUCACCGGCGAAGCUUACUUUGCAGUAACUCCGAAAUGUGUAAUGGGUGGUGCUAUGAUGCAUGCAAGUCUUUCAUUUGGACCCAUCGAAGCCUGGAUGGACUACUCGUUUGACGCCUUCAUCAACUUCCACCCCUUGCACUAUACCGUGGACUUUGCUGUUUCUAUUGGCAUAAAUUUCAACAUUGAUAUCCUAUUUAUCCACAUACACAUUCAUGCCUCAGUGGGUGCUCAACUGCAUAUUGAAGGACCAGAAUUUGGAGGCGUUGCACAUGUUGAUUUUUAUCUUUUCGGCUUUGACGUCGACUUCGGUGCCUCGCCGAGCCCUCCUGUUCCACUGGAUAUUUACCAAUUCUUCCUUCUGGUCCAUAAGCCAGGCCCAGAUUCUAGCUCUGACCCAUCCCUCGCCCACGAAAGUCCUCUUUUCUCAUGGAUUGAUGUUGAAUCCACACAAAAAGACGAUAAUCUUUCUUCCGCCAAUGGUGCUUUAGUGCACACCCCGACAAGGGUGGUGGAUACGCAGACAGGUGCAGCCUUCAAGUUUAUACUAGAAAACGGGAACUUUCCGAUGCCCCAAGAUCCAGACACAUCAGGCGGACAACCAAAGAGUACCGGUGCAGGUACCAAAUGGUUUGUUAAAGGAGGGAGUUUCCAAUUCCGUAUAGCGACUGAUUUUGCCAUUAAUGAUGCAAUCCUCGUAACAGAGGACGCUAAGACACCAAGACGUCCUGACAACGCCAACUUGAGCGCUGGUAAAUCGUCCGCUACCGAGAUGGCUCCAGCACCGAUUUCAAGUAUCUGCUCUAAACCAAUGCAGCUCACUCAAGACCAAGGCAAGAACACGCAUUCUACCCUCACCAUUAGAGUUGCACGUAUCAUUUCCGAGAAUGUCCUCGAUCCCACUCCAAUUUACAAAUGGCGAAUCUUCACUCUACAGGCUAAACCAAUGGCGAAAGCGGUGUGGGGCAGUUAUGAUAGUUCACAGGACCCCUCUAAGAAUCAACGACCCAGCACACUGCUUGAUGGGAACUCAGCGACUGUUGAUAUGUUUAUGUCUGUCGGACUGUCUGCUCCCCCACCUGAACUCUGUCCGCGACCCGAAUGGCCUGGGUUCAUUCCCAAAUUCAAAGCAACAGCAGCUGCGAGGUUUGGAAUUCGGGACUUCAGAACCAAACUCGGUGGCACAGACUGGUUUGUACCAACGAGUCGACCAACUCAAGCAAAGUUUUUGCCGAGGGAACUCACUCAGACAGAGAAAGCGGAAACCAAUAAGAAACGGUGGGAAGAUACGAGCUCUGCCUGGUUGAAGUUGGACACGAAGAAGACACAAGAUUUGGUCGAUUCGCUGCUCAAUCAGGUGGCGACAACUCUACAAUGGGAUCAAAAUCGGUCGCAACUUGAGGCACAAGACAUCAGCACAGUUAAUUCUGCACUCCAAAAGCAAGCUGCUACUGUCAGUACAAGUGCGGCCAAGGAGCAAAGUGUCGAUUUGGCGUCGCCAUGGAAGCUUGUGGGCAACGUUCCGACCAAAUUGAUCAAGAACAUGGAGUCUACCUACCUAGACUUACCAAGGCUAGCAGAUUACAUCAGUGAAAAUAUGCUUUUCCGAGCGUUGAAAAAAUCGGCCCCGAGCUUCAAGAGCGUUUCAGCCUUGCAGUCGCGGGCUCUGGCAACUAUCUCGAACAAUACUCCUAGACAGCAACAGAUUCCCAUCCACAAACCCUCCACCCCGGCCCGUCCUGCCCACGAAAGAGCUACCCUCACGAUCCGAAAUGGCCCAAUUUUCCAUGGCACCUCAUUUGGAGCUCGAAGCAACAUCUCAGGUGAAGCUGUAUUCACCACCUCGCUAGUUGGCUAUCCUGAGUCACUCACCGAUCCAUCUUAUCGAGGCCAGAUCUUGGUCUUCACCCAGCCCCUCAUUGGAAACUACGGUGUACCGUCCAGCGAUAGAGACGAACACGGGCUUUACAAAUAUUUUGAGAGUCCCAACAUCCAGGCUGUUGGUGUGGUCGUCGCAGAUGUGGCAGAGAAAUAUUCCCACUGGACCGCUGUCGAAAGUUUGAGCGAGUGGUGCGCCAGAGAAGGCGUCCCAGCCAUUACCGGUGUCGACACUCGAGCCAUUGUUACCUAUUUGCGAGAACAAGGUUCAAGUCUUGCUCGAAUCAGCAUCGGAGAAGAGUACGACCAGGACGAAGACGAGGCUUUUGUUGACCCAGAACAGAUCAACUUGGUCCGCAAAGUCAGCACCAAGGCGCCAUUCCAUGUCAGUGCAGCCUCGCCCACGGCCCAUGUUGCGGUCAUUGACUGCGGUGUGAAAGAGAACAUCCUCCGCAGCUUGGUCAGUCGAGGUGCAAGCGUCACUUGCUUUCCCUUUGAUUACCCGAUCCACAAGGUUGCUCAUCACUUUGACGGUGUCUUCAUCUCCAAUGGACCUGGAGAUCCAACUCAUUGCCAAGAUACCGUCUAUCAUCUUCGCAAGUUGAUGGAGACGUCCCAAAUCCCGAUAUUUGGCAUCUGUCUUGGACAUCAAUUGCUGGCUCUCGCCUCUGGGGCUCGAACCAUUAAGCUGAAGUAUGGUAACCGGGCUCACAAUAUUCCAGCUCUGGACUUGACCACUGGCAAAUGCCAUAUCACUAGUCAAAACCAUGGAUAUGCUGUCGAUGCCUCUACUCUUCCAAGCGACUGGAAACCAUACUUUAUCAACUUGAAUGAUAACUCUAACGAGGGCCUCAUUCAUGCUACUCGCCCUAUCUUCUCGACUCAGUUUCACCCCGAGGCAAAGGGUGGCCCUCUUGAUUCAUCGUAUUUGUUCGACAUGUACAUGGACAAUGUUCAAAAGUACCGCCAGGGUCAGAGUGCAUAUGAGCCUCACCGAGAUAGCAAGCCCAGCGCAUUGCUUGUGGAUCUCUUGUCGAAAGAACGCGUCGGUGUCGACCUAACUCAGGGCAUUCGCAACAUGAUGGCCGCUGAAGCCCAGGAGCCCGAGCCAGUCUACGCCGCAGGUGCUGCUUAA